CUUGGAACGAUGCAUAUAUGUGCCUGGUCCUAUGUUGUAGCUGACUGACUGACUGAGUCUUAUCGCUCUUCAACCGACCUGUCUGACAUGGUCAGACCUUGAGGAACGGUUGUUCCAGCCAGUAUAGCUCGGUUGCUUCAUCACGACAGGCAAGCCAAACCACCACGUCAAGGUAGCAACAACGGUCGGGUCCGGCGUUCACACAAAUCCAACGAUGAAGUGUGGUGUAUAUGUAUUUGGUGUCUCCUUGUACCAAUGUUUGUGUUCAAAUAAAUAAAAAAUAAGAUGUUUCUGAGUGAGUUAAAAAGUGAUUACUCCCGCAUUACUGCAAUCAACUAAACAAUAUGGAACGAUAAUUGUUGAUUCUUUUCGUUUCUUACAGUUGUUCUUAACCAAUAAUUGUUCGGAACUAAAAAGUAAAUACAAAUUCACGCACAUCAUUUCAAGGUCCUCUAUUUGUGUCCAAGGAGUUAUUAAACUACUCAAUUUUCCGUACUAAAGUAGAAUCGGUUCAGGUUUGGGCUUGUAACCCUGUGUUCAGUAGUUGAGUGACUCAAUUAUGAGUCCAUCGCUUUCCAUCAAACUAGUAUGUAACGUACAAUCAGACUAAAUACAAGUGCAUGUCAUUCUUGACGUAUAUUGCAGUUAACAAACAACCCAUCAGAUAUUAAUGCCAAGGUUGAACUUAGUUUCAAAUUAAUUGAGCAUUGGGUAGAAAUUUAGUAAUAAAUAUAUUUUUGUUAUAUCCAAAUAAGUAAAAAAAUUGUAUUUCUGACGUUUCACUACUUAAUGUAAGCCACUUCAGAGUAAAUAAGUGACCGAAUUAGAUUUAAAUAGUAUGAUGAAACAAUGCAGAAUAGUUUUAGUACAAUCAUAACCAUAAUAGGUUUGAAUACUGAUUUUGAUUGCACUAAAACUACUCUGGAUUGUUUCAUUAUACUACUUAAACUUGUGUCAAUCUAAUUCGGUCAUUUAUUUACUCUGAAGAAGUGGCUUACAUUAAGUAGUGAAACGUCAAAUACAAUUUUGUACUUAUUUGGAUAAAGCAAAAAUGUAUUUAGUAUUAACUCCUCCGAUGUUAGGAUUUCCAAAAAUCUUAAGUAAAGAUAUAGCAUUCUGAGAUCAACUAAUCUAUGAAAUAUUGAUAUGAACCACCUUAAUAGAUCUUACAAGUUGCUGUCUCAAUUAGUUGUUAAAUUGCAUUACCAGCUUGCACGUUCUCAUGUAGCUAAAUAUAAGUAGAUUUUAGACCGUAACAUAUGCUACUCAAUCUUUUCCCUAAAUUAUGUUGAGUAAUUGCACUCGAUUCCAAAAUCAAGAGGUGAUUUAUUGAAGUUUAUUUAUAUACUACCAUUAAAUGGAUAGUACUUGAUAUUUACUCAAAUUUGAGAUCACAUGUCGUCAUUCAUUAUGUAGAAAAUAUACUUCAUUAGCCAUUGAAUUUGCCUAUUUCACUGUUUAGAGUCAAUCUCGAUCUUUUAUUUUGGUGAUUUUAGGGCACAACGAUUCUUAUGAUAACAAAAAUUUCAUAUUUUAGAGAGGUUGUUGUCUCAUCCUUCAGUUGUCCUCACUGUGGUUAUGAGAAUCGGUCUCUUAUUCCAGCUUCACAAGUUCAAGAUAAGGGACAACGUAUAACAUUCAAAGCUAACAACGUGAAAGAUAUGAACAGACGUGUUGUUAUACCAGUAGGUUCAACAGUGAGCAUUCCUGAAUAUGAUUCCUCAUUUCCUUUUUCUGAUGGAGUUGUAUCAACAAUUGAAGGAAUUAUAACAGGAUUCAUAGAUAAUCUGAAUAGUUUACAACCUGAAAGAAAGGAAAUUCAACCUGAUUUAGCGUUGAAAAUCGAAAAGUUUAUCGAUCAGUUGCGUACUUUGCUAAAGGUGGACAAGCCAUUCUCACUUGUUAUAGAUGAUCCAUCAGGAAAUGGAUUCAUUGAAAAUUACUUAGCUCCAAAUGACGACCCGCAAAUUGAAAUUGAAACAUAUGUACGCACUCCAGAACAGAACGAAUUACUUGGUCUUCAAUCUCAACCAGUUGAACCACUGGAUGAUAACGUAACUGAUCCUAAUACAACCCAGGAAUUGAUUUAUUGUUGUUAUUAUUAUUAUUAUUAUUUUUAUAGGAAUCAAAUAGUGAAACCUCAAAAAUCGAAAAAGACGAAGUUCUGUUAUUAAAUGUCAACUGUCCAUCGUGCAAUGCUCUUACUGAAAAUAAAAUGAAAGUUGUUGAUAUUCCUCAUUUCAAAGAGGUAAUACUGAUGGCAAUCAACUGCCCAGCAUGUGGUUAUAGGGAUUGUGAAGUUCGUUCCGGUGGUGGAAUUUCACCAAAAGGCAGACAUUACAAACUACGAAUUACAAAUAUAUACGAUUUAUCACGGGAUAUUUUGGUGUCGGAAACUGCAGCUAUUAAACUACCCGAAAUUGAUUUCGAGUCUAUCGGCGGUACUCUUGGUGGAAGAUUUACAACAAUAGAAGGUCUUUUAGUGGCCGUGAGCAAACAAUUAGUCAGUACUAAUCCUUUUAUCGUUGGGGAUAGUAGUACUCCAGAAGAGACAACAGGCAAGUUGGGAUCAAUCAUCAACCAAAUAAAAGAGAUUACAUCUGGUAAUAAACUCAAUGUACUAUUUGAACUAAAAGAUCCUUCUGGAAAUAGUUAUAUUCAGGUAAGAAUAAACUAUAAGUUAAUUUUAAUUUCAUGUUAUUCUAUGUACUAAAAUAUUGGUAUUCAUUUUGUAAAGUGAUACAACGCCCCCAAAUGCUCUGGUACGGCCGAGAGUAGGGAGAGUCCAUUCUCCGUCUAUAGAAUAAUCCACUUUAAAAACGAUGAGACUAUAAUUUAUGGACGAACCAAUCAGAUUUAUGGAUAAAAGGUCUCGAAUUUCGGUACGGAAUCCACUCAUCCAUUUGACCAAAAGCGUCUUGACAUUUUAGUUUAUAUCAGUUCGUGAUGAAAAACCGU